CCGAACAUUCCGAUCAUGAUCGGACGUUGGGUUCGAUCAUAUUUUCUGAAAAAUCCAAUAGUAUUAUUUAGUAUAUAUCGGGACGUGUUCAAUGACUUAAAUGAUUUAUUUAUUAUACGCAUGUAUAAUAUCGUCAAAGUUCAAGGAUGAGUAUUUAGAUUAUAUAAAAACUUUUAAGUGUUUAACCAAAACAGUAUAGUAUAUGUUACGUGUAGUCAAAAGUAAGAUAUCCUGAAUUACCACGACAAAACUGAAAAUACUGUAGAAGUAGAAAUAUGCCGUCCUCUAACAAAAAAAUCAACCCCGAUCUUGUGAAAGAAAGAAAAAAGUGUUCAUUCAAUACCUUAGAAUUAACUCAUUUAUUAGAUGGCGGUGUACAAAAAACAAUUGAAAGAAAAAGCAGAGAAAAUUUUUUCUUGGAUGAUGAAGAGUUACAAUCAAAAAUACCUUUGGAAUAUUUAAGCCAUAAAGAAAAAUAUGAAGAAGCUGUACGAAAGGCCUGCUUACUUUUUAAAAAAGUUAACCAACUUCAAAGUGAAGGAAAGGGUGGAAUGGAUAAUUUCAGGGAAAUUUUAGGUGGACAACUGGGCUCUGCAAUUUUGAAAGAUGGAAAUCCCCUGACUUUACAUUAUGUAAUGUUUAUACCAACAUUAAUGGGACAAGCUUCUCUUGAACAACAAACAAAAUGGAUACAAAAAGCAUGGACAUGUGAUAUAAUUGGUACAUAUGCACAAACAGAGCUAGGACAUGGUACAUUUAUUAGAGGACUUGAAACUACUGCUACUUAUGAUCCAAAAACUGAAGAAUUUGUUUUGAAUUCUCCGUCAAUUACAGCAUACAAAUGGUGGCCCGGAGGACUGGGACACUCUGCAAAUUAUGCUAUUGUUGUUGCUCAAUUGUAUACUUUGGGAAAGAACCACGGAAUUCACCCAUUUAUAGUUCAAUUAAGAGAUGAGGAAACACACAUGCCCCUACCUGGAAUUAAAAUCGGGGAAAUAGGAUGUAAGCUAGGAAUGAAUAGUACUAACAACGGAUAUUUAGGUUUUGAAAAUGUUAGAAUACCUAGAACUAAUAUGUUAAUGAAGAAUACCAGAGUAUUACCUGAUGGUACUUAUGUUGAGUCACCUAGCAGUAAACUAACAUAUGGCACUAUGAUAUUUGUGAGAGUAGUUUUAGUACAAGACUGUGCUACAUAUUUGAAAAAAGUUUGUACAAUUGCAACCAGAUACAGUGCUGUUCGCCACCAGUCGCAAAUAAAACCCUCAGAACCGGAAGUCCAAAUUUUAGAUUUUCUCACACAGCAAUACAAAAUAUUUCCUUAUAUUGCAUCUUGUUUUGCAUUCCAAUAUGCUGCUGCAUUGAUUUGGGAUACGUACAACUCUGUUAGUAGUGAAUUAGAAACUGGUCAGUUUGACAAUUUACCUGAACUACAUGCAACAGCCUGUGUUCUAAAAGCAGUAUGCACAGAAGAAUGUAGUCGUGGUGUAGAAACCUUAAGGCUGGCUUGUGGAGGUCAUGGAUAUAUGGCAGCUUCAAACCUACCAGCUACUUAUGGAUUAGUUACUGCCAUGUGUACAUAUGAAGGUGAAAACACUGUACUUCUCUUACAAACGGCAAGGUUUCUAAUAAAAAUUUUACAAAACGAACAAAAUAAACCAAUGUUACCUACAAUGAAAUAUUUACAAGAUGCAUUGCGAGUUCAAGCACCUUUCCAGAAAUCUGUUAAUUGGAUACUGACAGCUUUACAAAAAACAGCAGCAGGUAAACUUGACCUGGCGAACAAACAUAUCAAUGAGAGAGUGAAAAAAGGUAUGGCAUAUGAGGAUGCUUGGAAUAUGACUUCGAUUGAGUUGGUACAAGCUGCUGAUAUGCACGGUCGAGUAUUCUUAGUAAACACUUUCAUCAUUUCUGUUCAAAAGUUUAAAUCUCAAGUCUCUCAAGAAUUAUGGAUAGUUCUAGAUCAGCUUCUCCAAUUAUAUGCAGUAAAUACUAUUUUGAAACUCACUGGAGACGUGCUCAAGUUCACUGAGCUUCAAGGAAAAGAUGUAGAAGUACUUCAAAGUUGGCUAGAAGAACUUUUAAUAUUGAUAAGGCCAAAUGCUGUAGGGCUUGUGGACAGUUUCGAUUUCAGAGAUGAAGUUCUUUCUUCAGCUUUAGGAGCUUAUGAUGGUAACGUUUAUGAAAGAUUAUUUGAAGAAACUCGGAAGAGUCCACUCAAUGCUGAGCCAGUAAAUAAGUCAUUCAAAGAGUUCUUGAAACCGUUCAUGAAAGCUCAGCUAUAAUUUAAGAAAAAAUAUAGGAUGUCCCAGACUAAACAAUCAUAGUCAUUAUUUUGAUACUCAGUUUCUUUUCAUCAUAAUAGUAAUAUUUACUAAUCAUAAAAUGACCACAAUAACAGGUAUAACUUAAUAUUAUAAACCAAUAGAUACAAAGUAGUGAGAGACCUUAAAAGUGGUGAAAACUGAUAAUCUAUUAAAAGGCCAAAAUUAGAGGGACCAAUUUUUUUAUUUUGGUUUUAUUGUUACACUAUCAAAAAUAUUAUUCGUGACUGCAACACAUCGAGUUUUUGAAAGGUGUAAAAUGGUGUAACUCGCUAUCAUCGUCUGCAUUAGAGAAUGUUGGAAGUGUAUAGUUAAAUUUUAGUUAUAUCCUUAUGUAGCGGUUGUAUGUAUUUGACAGUUUAAAUUCUACUAGAUUUUAUUUUGAACAGAAUGAUAUGAUCGAAAUUCUAUUGCAAAAUACGCGAAAAGAGCUAAUAUCUCUGAUUGACCAAGCAUCGACUUUGCAUCGCAUAUUAAAACUUUUUACAAUGUGUCGAUUCUUGCUUAUUGGUAAUUUUGAUUGGAUGAUGCUGUAUACUCAAUACCUUCUUUACUUAUGCAUGAUAAUGAUAGUUUAUACUUUAUAACUGAUUUUUACAUAUAUAUUUCUACUGGGUGUCCCAGAAAUUGCACGCCAGGCUGACACGGGAGGUAGAUCAGCUUUAGAUCUAUCAAAUAAAAGCAAUAUGACCUCAGUAAAAGUUUUUUAGUUUUCGAGAUAUUAACACUUUUAGGUUUUUUCAGAAAAUCUCUACUUUUUGCCCUAUUUUUGUCUGUUAUGGGCAUAAAAAACCUCUAAUUUAUAAUUCUUUUUUUUCUGGGCUACCACUAAUAGUUGGUUGAGACAACCCAGUAUUCAUUUUAAUAAAAAGUAGCACGACAUUAACAAAAAAAACAACUCAAUCUUACCUUUUGUUUCAAAGCGAAAACCUUAACUAAAGUUUGGUUAGCGACUGUGAAAAAAAAAAUGUACCAGACUGAGUCAGAAAAUGUUCUUAAAAACUAGCCUACUUAGUGCUCUUUAAAAAAUGGUAAAAUAUUCAUAGCUUUUUUUUACUAAAAAUUAAAUAAUAUCAAGUAUAGUCAUUGAAGUCGUACUACUUUCGCAAUACUUCAAAUAAAAAAUAAUACGUAAUACAAAGUUAAGCCGACUUUUGUCUUCAACUUACAACUUUUUAGUUACUGUAAUCGCUUUUUAGUUUAGCAAUGUCUAAUAGAGUUAUCCAUUAUCCUUUUAUAAUUGUUGUUGAAGGCUGGCAUCAAAAUAAUUUGGGUACAGAACAUAGGGUUGUAUUUUUUUUAUUUUCAUUAGAUUUUACAAUUACAACAUUCAAAUAAAUAUUUACCAUUCAGAAUUUACA